AGAUGGGGGGUCAGGCUUCCACAGUCGAGGGCGUCCAUGUGGUCGUUGUGGGCGGUGGGUUCGGAGGCAUCGCGGCGGCUCAGCACCUGAAAUCUCGAGGACUCUGCUUCACUCUGAUCGACAUGAGAGACGCUUUCCAUCACAACGUGGCGGCUCUCAGAGCGUCGGUGAAGCCCGGCUUCGCUCAGAGGACCUUCAUCCCGUACGCUAAGACGUUUGGAGACAGUUUCGUCCAGGGUCGAGUCGAGCGAGUCGACACCGAGAGACAGACGGUCGUCCUGGAGGGAGGACGGGAGAUCCAGUACUCCCACCUCAUCCUGUGUACUGGGACCGAUGGAGCGUUCCCCGGGAAGUUCAACACCGUGGCGUCGUAUCAGACCGCCGUCCAAACGUACGAGGACUUCAUCCAGCAGGUCCAGGCAGCCGACUCUGUGUUGGUGGUCGGAGGAGGGUCGACCGGCGUGGAGAUGGCUGCUGAGAUCAAGACGGAGUAUCCAGACAAGAAGGUGGUUCUGAUCCACGCCAGAAUCGGGCUGGCCGACCCGGAGCUGCUGCCCUGCGUCAGACAGCAGGCCAAAGAGGUUCUGCUGGAGAAGGGAGUGGAGCUGCUGCUGGGUCAGAAAGUGUCCAACCUGUCGGAGCUGCAGCUGAAUGUGACCCGGAAGAACACGGCGGUCACCACAGAUAAAGGAGAGCAGCUGACCACAGAUCUGAUCAUCUGCUGCACCGGACUCAAGGUCAACUCUGCAGCCUACGCCUCCAGCUUCUCCGGCUCUCUGGCCGAGAACGGCGCUCUGAAGGUGAACGAGCACCUGCAGGUCGAAGGAUUCUCCAACGUCUUCGCUGUGGGCGACUGCACCAAUGUCAGCGAGCCCAAGACGGCGUACCACGCCGGGCUGCACACCACCGUCGCCGUCAGCAACAUCGCCAACAGUCUGAGCGGGAAGGCGCUGACCUCAUAUCACACAGGUAACGUCACCAUGCUGCUGGCGAUGGGCCAUAACGACGGCGUGGGUCAGUUUAACGGGCUGAAGUUGCCUCGUUUCCUCGUUGCUUUGGGGAAGAGUCGAGAUCUGCUGCUGUGGAAGAGCUGGAGGGAGAUGCAGCAGAAGCAGCCCUGACACACACACGCACACCUGCACACGCACACCUGCACGCACACCUGCACGCACACCUGCACACACACACACCUGCACACACGCACGCA